AUGGUACAGGCAGCGUACCGCGAAGCAGAAGCGGCAAGAGAAAAGGCCGCAGAGGAGGCGAGGGCUCUCGAAGAUCGCGCCGAGCAGGAAAACCCCGGCCUAUACACCCAAGACAAGCUCUGGCUCCCGCACGCGCCUGGCGUCGCCAUCAUCCGCGGCGACCUCCUGGUCGACGUCGCGAGCUUCUUCCGCGACAGCGACAUCACCGUGCGCGAACACAACGCGCCGAACACGAACCGCUCCCUGCAGGGGAAGGGACAGGAUAUCGUCGAGGCCUACAACGACACGGAAAUCAGACGGUUCUUCAUGCGCUGGCACGCGCAAGUCCGGGUGCAGAUCGACAAAUUUCACUCACCGCCUGACACGAUCGACCUCGAGAAUCCUGGCGAACGGGUCCUCUGCGGUAUGCGUGGUGAGCGUGGGAACGCCAUAUGUGGGCUGAUUCUCUUCCUUGGGAGUACUGGGGGGCCCGAGGCCGGAAGGGUCGACAAGAAAUGCUCGUACUGGUUUCACUCUGCGUUAGGGUUCCCGGGCAAGGGUAUGUGGGAUAUUGGGGACACUCCGUUCCGUAUGGUCAGGGUACCCACCAAGCCGGUUCCUGAUGUUUACGAUAUUAUGCUGCGCUUCGACUUGACGAGAGAAAAGGAGCGUGCGAAACACUUCGCCGACAACUUCAGUGAGAAUGUGAAGGAGUGGACAGUCCUCCAUACGCCAUUCGAGGAUUUUUACUGGGGCACCUUGCAAAAUGUAUCUGCUGAGCCUAACGAGGAUGACGAGCCCCAGGUGCCUAGCCCGACGGAUCCCUCUGAAGACUCCGACGUGACAAAUCUAUCCGACAUGUCUGGUUCGGAAGAUCUGGACGGCAUCCCCAUGAAACCUCGCGAAAGGACUGCUUGUGAAAGGAGACUAGCCGAGGCUCAAGAUCAAGCUUCUCGCGAAAGGACACUGGCCGAAGCGCGAGCCGCGCGUUCAAGGGAAAUGGCCGAAGAUCAAGGUGAUUUUGAGAGAAGAUUCGCCGAAGUUCGAGCUGCCGACUUGGAGAGACUCACCAAAGCUAUAGCUGAUCGUGAAAGGAGACACGCCGUUCAAGCUGCUGGCCAAAGGGAGGAACACGCCGAAGCUCAAGCUUCCCGGGAAGCGAGACUCGCCGAAACUCAAGCUGAUCAUGAAAGGACAUACUUUGAAGCCGCUGAGGAAAACGAGGGACUCCAAAAUGAAUCGGGCGGCACCAUGGCCCCUGUGGAAGAAGAGGUCUCCGAAAACGAGCCCAGACGCGACAUCACGCGUUUAGCUCCGGAAUCCCUUAGGCAUGGUGGAAAACUGUGA